CAAGCAGCUCCAGCAGCACGGCUGGCAGUGCAACCACUGGCAAGCUGAGCAAAACGCAGAAGAAGAAUCUGCGGAAGAAACGGCUGAAGCUGGAGCAAGAGAAACUGGAACAAGAGCAGCACCAGCGGCAGCAGCAAGAGAUAGAAGAACCACUAUUAAAAGAGGAAGGAGUAGAUUCCUUAUCGGUGCUUGAAGACGAGGGCAGCAAAAAAGUGAUCGCGGCAGAUGAGACUACUUCUGCCACGGAUAGCACAAUGGAAGAUCCUGUAGAUGGCGGGAAAGAGGACAAAGACAAAAAAGCGUUGAUACAAUCGAUCCUGCAGAAUGGCGGUGAUAAUAUUGAAGAAUACAUUUUAAAGGUCCUCCAGAACGAUUCAUCAUCUUCUGCUGCUAGAAUCAGAAGUAUGAUUGAAAAUAAAAGAAAAACACUGCCGGAUGCUGAGUCUAGAAGUUUAUCUCCUCCGGUACUAGAAGAAGUACUAGAUAAUUCGAGUUGUCCGGGCACGACCAGCACGACCGGCCGAACCACCAGCAUUGUGCUCUUCCAGAAGUCAGGCAAAGCUAAACUACAGCCUUCGUGUUCUACGAAAGACGUCGUACCAGCUGAACAAGCUCCUGCUCGCAGUAUUCGGGACGAAAUGCAAGAGGUCUACAAUGCCAGUUCUCCCAGCGGUACUAGCGGCCGGUCCGCAAGGAUGCGGAAAGUGAUCGGCAAGGUGCUCCUCGGAGGUGGAAAAAGAAAAACCAGGGACGAGGUGCUGGAUCUUCCCGUUAGUCACUUCGGGACCAGCACCGAGGACGCCAUGAUGACUUUUUUGAUCAAUCACUGUCAAGAGGAGCUCGACAGCAUGUCCUCUGACGAAGAGCAGGAAAAGACACCGGAC